AUGGCGAACGACUGGUCUCAGGCUUCUAGAGUACCCAGUUUUGCCCAAAUGUUAAAAAAGAACUUGCCCGCCCAGCCGCCUCAACCGUCUGUUCCGCAGGCAGCUCAUUCGUUUCCUCAGGCGGAGAAUGCCAAGCCAAUGUUUUUACCUGCGGAAGCGCCUGAUGUUUCUAGCUUAGCAUCGAAGGUGACGCAGAUAACAGGUCAAGUUCCUGACAUCCAAUAUUCCAAAGCAGCACCUAUAGUUCCAAUUACUUCACUUCCUCCAAAGAAAAUUCCGAAGGAAUUUAUCACAAAAUAUAAACGAGGGGAGAUAAACCCAGUGUCAGCUUUACAUCAGUUUGCACAGAUGCAGCGUGUACAGCUUGAACUAAAGGAAACUGUAGCAACAGGUAAUCUUUUAGGAGUUUACUUUGCUUUUUGUGCUGUGGUUGAUGGUAUUCAGUAUAAAACUGGAUUGGGACAAAACAAGAAGGAAUCAAAAUCAAAUGCAGCAAAACUGGCUCUUGAUGAACUGUUGCAGUUGGAGGAGGCAGAACCAAAAGCUCUUGAAAUCCCUGGUGCUCCCAGGAUCCUUUCAGAAACCACAGUAGUAGCUGAACCUCAAAUUACAACUGAAUCUAUGUACAUUUCAAAGAUUUCUUAUGAAGGGCAGCAUCUUGCAUAUGGAAAAAUUUCCCAAGUUGUCAAGGAAACAUUCAACAGUUUGACAGCUAAACAUCCAGAGUACCAGAGCUGUAGCAGUACACUGGCUGCUUUUGUAAUUGAAAGAGCUAGACAGCAUGAGGUAGUAGCCAUUGGAACAGGCGAAUUCAACUAUAGUCAGUGUGACCAUCUGGAUGGGAGAAUAUUGCAUGACAGUCAUGCUGUUGUAACAGCAAGGCGCUCUCUUCUUAGGUAUUUUUAUAGACAGCUUUUACUCUACUACAGUAAAAACCCCACAAUGAUGGAUAAAUCUAUAUUUUGCACUGAACUAACAUCAAACCUGCUUGCGCUAAAACCAAAUGUAAAUAUAUUCCUCUACAUGAAUCAGCUUCCAAAAGGAUCUGCUCAGAUAAAGUCCAAGCUACGCCUCAAUCCAAAUUCUGUAUCUGCAUUUGAAGCUGAUGAAGAACUGCGUCUUCAUGUUGCUGUUGAAGGCAAGACAUAUCUCACAAUUUAUUGUCCUGCUGAAAUUGCUAGAGUAACCAGCAUGUCUACCAGUGAUAAACUGACAAGAUGGGAAGUCUUGGGUGUUCAGGGAGCCUUGCUGAGUCACUUCAUUCAACCAGUUUAUGUUAGCGGCAUCAUUCUUGGGGAUGGGAACUGCCAGGACACCCGAGGAUUAGAAAUAGCCAUCAAACAACGUGUAGAUGAUGCACUCACUUCAAAACUGCCCAUGUUCUACCUGGUGAACAGACCACACAUUAGCUUGGUAACCACUGCUUACCCCGUACAAAUAGACUUGGAAUGCAGAUCGCUUAGUGUGAAUUGGUCCCAGGGAGACUUAUCGUUGGAAGUAGUAGAUGGGCUAAAUGGGAAGACCACAGAAAGUUCACCCUUUAAAAGUGGUGUUUCAAUGGCAAGUCGACUUUGCAAGGCUGCAAUGUUAAGUCGUUUUAACUUAUUGGUUAAAGAAUCAAAGAGAGAUGAUUUACUUAAAGCAGGAACAUACCAUGAAGCAAAGAUGAUGGCCGAGUCCUACCAAGGAGCAAAACACUUGCUGAAAACCUAUUUGGAGCAGCAUGGUUAUGGGUUGUGGAUUGUGAAGUCUCCGCGUAUUGAACAUUUCAGUAUGUAAAGGUUUAUAUCACCUCUGUGACCUGUUGAAGUAGGUUCUUUCUCCAAGUAGACUUUUUUCAUUGGUUAGUAGCUGUAGAUCAGUGCUGUUCAGUAUUGUCAACUGAUGCCUGAAAGAAUUGUGCUGAAACAUAAGCCAAAUAAAUGCAUAAGCUGACUUGUAAAAAUCUGUAGGUGAUUUUUAUUCCUGAGACAUUUGCCACUGUAAGGAUACCUGUUACUAAAAAAUAGUUUUUGUGUUUUGUAU